UACUACUCUUCCACAUCACUCAGUUAUGCAGUAGACACCAACAGGUUUACAUUUUGGGAUUUUGGGAAGUUGUUUAGCUGUUUGAGCCUCUGUGAAGCUUCAAUCAUGACUCUACUGACAGAGGAAAAACCCUACAAGUUCCCAGAGGACUUGGGCAGCUACACUUCCACUGUGAAGGGUCACUCCAUGGACUGUGGUCCAAACAGUGACUAUGUGGAUGCCACAGAGGGGUCUGUGUUUAUGGCAGUGGAGCCUCUGAGGAGGUCGCGUGGACGCCUCAUCAUGCAUGCCAUGGUGAUGUUUGGUAGGGAAUUCUGCUAUGCUGUGGAAGCUGCAUUUGUCACACCUGUCUUGCUCAGUGUGGGACUACCAAGAAGUCUUUACAGCCUUGUGUGGCUCAUAAGCCCUGUUCUGGGCUUUGUUCUGCAGCCAGUGAUUGGCUCAGCUAGUGACUACUGCCGCUCACCUUGGGGACGCAGGAGACCAUACAUCCUAACUUUGGGGGUUAUGAUGCUCGUUGGCAUCAGCCUGUUUCUUAACGGAGACGCUCUGGUGUCAGUACUAGUGCAAAACAUAGGUUGGAAGAGAACCUGGUCCAUAGUGGUGGUCAUGUUUGGAGUGGUCAUGUUUGACUUUUCAGCAGAUUUCAUAGAUGGGCCAGUGAAGGCCUACCUUUUUGAUGUGUGCUCUUACCAGGAUAAGGAGAGAGGCCUGCAUUACCAUGCCCUGCUUACUGGUCUGGGUGGUGCAUGUGGGUACCUGACUGGAGCAAUGGAUUGGGGACAUUCUGCACUGGGAGCUUUACUGGGCUCAGAGUACCAGGUCAUUUAUUUCUUCUCAGCCAUCACCUGGGGCUUCUUCCUCACUGUGCACCUCUUCAGCAUUCCUGAAAAGCCUUUGGGAAAACAGCAUUCCAAUGAGCAGUUGGUUCCCAGUGCCCCCUUGCUGCAGCCGACAGUAAUGAAUGGUUCCUCAUAUGGCGCUGUGACUAAAGAACCUGAUCUGAGACCUCGCUCAUUCUCGGCUCUAAGUGAGGCCAACUCAGUCAUCAGCUCAAAGCAGCCGAGUAAUGAGGUACAGAAGAGGAUGACUCUGAAAUCAUUGCUGUCUGCCAUGAUUAACAUGCCCAGUCACUACCGCUGCCUAUGUAUCAGCCACCUGCUGGGCUGGACCGCUUUCCUCUGCAACAUGCUCUUCUUCACUGACUUUAUGGGUCAGAUUGUGUAUAAGGGGAACCCGUACGCACCUCAUAACUCAACUGCAUUUGCCACCUAUGAGAGGGGGGUGGAGGUGGGCUGCUGGGGGCUGUGCAUCAAUGCUGUGUCCUCUGCUCUUUAUUCCUAUGUACAGAGGCUACUACUGCCCUAUAUUGGAUUAAAAGGUCUCUACUUCCUGGGCUACUUCCUGUUUGGACUGGGCACGAGUCUGAUUGGUCUGUUUCCUAACAUCAUCUCCACACUGACGCUGUGCUGUGUGUUUGGUGUGAUGUCUAGCACACUUUACACCGUCCCAUUCAACCUGAUUUCAGAAUACCACAGGGAGGAGGAGGAGCGGAGGAAGCAGAGUGGGACAAAGGUGUCUCUGCAGAGCAGAGGGACGGGAAUGGACUGUGCAGCUCUGACCUGUAUGGUGCAGUUAGCUCAGAUCAUAGUGGGAGCUGGACUAGGAGCUCUAGUGAAUAUGGCCGGGAGCGUGGUAGUGGUGGUUCUGUCAGCUUCAACCAUGUCUCUUGUCGGCUGUCUGUUUAUUACUAUCUUUAUUAAGCAUGUACAUUAAACUCAACACAUUGAAAUAAACAGAAUAAAUGCUUCAUAUCAGUCUCAUAUUUGUGAAAUAAUUUUUGUC